UGCUUAUUAAAAUUAAACCAUUUGAAGUAGUGACACUUAAACUCAUCUAUUAAAACUUGGCAUGAUCUACUAAAAUACACGCAUUUAAAAUGAUGUUCAUUUGACUCUGUUGAGCAAAUGUUUUGACUGCUUCAUCUUCUGCACCAGGUUGAAUCCAAACAUGCUGUAUACCUAAUUGUUCAGCCAACUGAAGGACUUGGUGUGUGAUGGAGGGUGGUGUAAUAAUAGAAAGAGAUGUUUCUUCAGGAUGAGCAAGUUGCUGAAUGGAGUGGAUGGUGGAUAGACCUUCAAUCGAUGGUUCUUUCUGUAUUUGUCAUUAGCCAUCUUUUUCUGUUUGCAACUUACCGGAUGAACGGGAAUCACAUCAAGUUGGUUAGAUUGAUACCUUUCAAUAGUCAACAUCAUCAUGUUGUAUUCGCACUACUUUACCAGCGUAAUACUUUGUUACCAAACUUUUCUCUUGACGUACUUGCACCGACAACAGCAAAAUAACGACUUGAAAAGAAUCGAUUUGAAGAUAUUAGCUCUUUUCAAAAAGACACAUGAACAAGAUCAGGCACCUCAAUACCCUCCUGAACUCGAUGCUAAAUAUUCGAUUGGUGAAAAGAAACUAGGUGUUGGUUCAUUUGCUGUCGUGAAAGAAUGUACUGAAAGAGCCACUGGUGAGAAAUGUGCAGUCAAGAUUAUCAUGAAGAAAGUGAUUGCUGGUAAACAACACAUGUUGGAUAGUGAACUCGACAUUUUAAAAAAAGUGCGCCAUGCACAUAUUGUCUCUUUGCAUGAUAUCUAUGAAUCAGAUGAAGCUGUCUAUAUCGUGACUGAUCUCUGUACAGGUGGUGAACUCUUUCAACGUAUUAUUGAAAGAGGCACUUAUACAGAAGCCAUGGCUGCUGAUCUUGUACGUCAAAUGUUGGAAGGAUUAGCCUAUUUGCACUCACAAGAUAUUGUUCAUCGAGACAUCAAGCCCGAGAAUUUAUUGUUCAAGACGCCUGAUGAAAACGCAGAGUUGUUAAUUACUGAUUUCGGUCUAUCCAAGUUACUAAAAGACCAUAAUGAGGUAUUAACAACUGCAUGUGGUACACCUGGUUACGUUGCCCCUGAAGUACUUUUGGGCACAGGACAUGGUACACCUGUUGAUAUUUGGAGUGUAGGUGUGAUUAUGUACACUUUACUCAGUGGUUAUACCCCUUUCUAUGGUGAAGACCAAAAUGAACUGUUUGAAGCUAUCAUGAAGGGCCAUUAUGAAUUCGAUGAGGAAUAUUGGUGUGAUAUUUCUGAUGAAGCUAAACACUUUAUCAAUCGACUCUUGACCUUUGAUCCUAAAGAACGCGUAACUGCUGAAGAGGCAUUACAAGAUGUUUGGAUUACAUCCAGACAAGACAAUGGUGUCAAUUUGGCACCCAAUGUCCGUAAAGGAUUUAAUAGUCGUCGCACACUUAAAUCGCUUGUUACUGCUGUGGCUGCUAUUAACAGAUUAAGAGGCCAUGAUCAUCUGGAUGAUAUAGAUGAGACUCCUUAAACAUGAAUUAUCUUCUAUGCUUGGUUUUGUAUUUAUUACAGUUAUCACAAAACCAUUUACCCUUGGGUGCUGCUUUUAGAUCAACACAACCAAUAUGGAACCAUUCAAUAUCACACUAUACAUUUGAAUAAACAUAGGCAAUCGUCUAUUACUUACAUCAGCAUUAUCACAAGCCACCAUUUCUCCAUAAGAAACACUUUGACAAUAACAAUAAACAGGUUCAUUUGGAUCUACAGACAUGUCUGUAUCC